AUGAGUGUCUGUGACAGGCCUAUCCGCGGCAUGUCGGCGGUGGUGAUGGGCGCGGGCCCGGCGCACGCCUGCUUCUUCGCCACGUACGAGUACUGCAAGCACUCGCUGUCGCAGCUCACCAGGCACCGGCACGACCACAUCACACACGGACUCUCGGGCUGCAUCGCGUCGCUAGUGCACGACGCAGUCUCCAACCCGGCUGAGGUGGUGAAGCAGCGCAUGCAGAUGCUGCAGUCGCCGUACCGCGGCGUGUGGGAGUGCGCGCGACACGUGUACCGCAGCGAGGGCGCGCGCGCCUUCUACCGGUCGUACGGCACGCAGGUGGCCAUGAACGUGCCCUUCCAGGCGCUGCACUUCGCCACGUACGAGGCCUGCACGGCGCGCCUCAACCCCGCGCGCGCCUACGACCCGCUGGCGCACGCGCUGGCGGGCGCGGCGGGCGGCGCGCUGGCCGCGGCCGCCACGACGCCGCUGGACGUCUGCAAGACCGUGCUCAACACGCAGGAGCGGGCCGCGCGCGCCGACGGGCUGCUGGACGCCGCCGCCGCCGUCCUGCGCGCCUCGGGCCCGCGCGGCUUCUUCCGCGGCCUGCAGGCGCGCGUCCUCUACCAGAUGCCGGCCGCCGCCAUCUGCUGGCUCACCUACGAGACCUUCAAGCACGCGCUGGGCGGCGCCGCCGACGACGCGCCGCCCGCGCCGCCGCUGGCCUGCGCCGCGCUGCGCCUGGCCGCCGCCGACGUGCCGGCCUCGUAG